ACUCUUACUUCCGUACAGAGAAGAUCGUCACUCUCCGCGCUCAAAAUUUUAUAAUGUCUGCCGCCGCUACUACCGAUGCACCUGCUAAGGCACCCGCUAAAGCACCCAAGAAGGCUGCCGCUAAACCCAAGACACCAGCUGCUCACCCACAAUACAAAGUGAUGGUUGCUGAAGCUAUUUCUGCAUUGAAAGAACGCGGUGGUUCAUCUCGCCAAGCCAUCUUGAAAUACAUUGUGGCUAACUACAAAGUUGGUGACAAUCAGACUGCCGUCAAUGCAAGACUCAAAGCCGCCCUUAAAGCCGGCGUAACAGCUGGAGGAUUGAAGCAGUCUAAAGGCUCUGGAGCAGCCGGUUCUUUCCGUCUGGGAGAUAAGAAAGAGGAAAAGAAAACCAAGGCCAAGAAAGUAGCUGAGAAGAAACCAAAGGCUACCAAAGCAGCAGCUAAACCCAAAAAGGCCGCAACUGCCGUCAAGAAGCCUAAAUCACCUAAGAAAACUGCGGUUAAGAAACCAAAAUCUCCCAAGAAGACUGCCGUCAAGAAGACUGCCGUCAAGAAACCCGCUGCCAAGAAAGCUGUGGCUGACAAACCAAAGAAAGCCAAGUCCCCAAAGAAAGCUGCACCCGCCAAGCCUAAAGUAGCAAAGCCCAAGGCAGCUAAGAAACCAGCAGCCAAGAAGGCACCAAAAGCCGCAGCAGAGAAGAAAUAGACGCGGUAUCCUGCUACCACUGUCAAAAUUAACUGGCCCUUCUCAGGGC